UGUGAGUCAGGAGACAUCCAAGCAUCGUUGUGCAGAAACUUUCUGGAAACUUUGGGAUUCGGAAUCAAGGCUUUUUGGACUUUGUCACUCAAACAGUUUUUCAACAGAGGGACUUUUUUUUCAUCUGUUUGCAACUGAACUCAAGAUGAGAAUCGUGCAGAUCCCAUUCGCACACCGCUUCUUGGCUGUGUAUCUUACGCUGUUUGGAUACUUUGGGGACGCUUACGCUGGCGCAGUCCUGAUGAACUCCAACGCAAUCAAAAACUUGCCAGGUGCUUCGGCUGGCAAAGGCACUGACACUGUCAGUCCGAGUCCGCGCACCUCACCCUCUGGCAGCAUGGGACACAAAUUACCCGUGGACACCUUACAGGUAAUUAGCUCUCCGUCAGGUGUUUGCUCCGAUGAUGAAGAUUGUGGGGGUGAUGAAUUCUGCAACGACGCCCGAAGUGUCUGCCUCCCCUGUCGUAAGAGCAGGAAGCGCUGCGUAAAGGACUCCAUGUGUUGUGCAGGAAACCGCUGCAGCAAUGGUGUUUGUCAGGCAAAUGACUUGUAUGACACAGAUGCAUUUCUCAGCACUGGCUGGCACAAACACAAUACCACCUUGGAGCAUCAAGCCAAAAGGCCCCCCACUGCCCCCGGUUAUCAGCCAAAUGCAGUCAAAGGCCAAGAGGGUGAUACAUGCCUGAGAUCGUCAGACUGCUCGGAGGGUCUGUGUUGUGCCAGACACUUUUGGUCUCGCAUCUGUAAGCCUGUGCUGACAGAGGGCCAGGUGUGCACGCGCCACCGCAGGAAAGGCACCCACGGCUUGGAGCUGUUCCAGCGCUGUGACUGUGGCGAGGGCCUGGCCUGCCGACCAGAGAAAGGAGAGCGAGAUCACAGUGUCAGCAGGACUGCAGCCCGGAACCUACAUACCUGUCAGAGACGCUGACACAACUACAUGGAUACACCUUCUGAGAUGGAAAUACGCACCCACACACAGGCACACAUCAAUAAACCAGUGACAGACACUGAAAAAUACUUCUCUGCCUUGAAUACACCAAAGAUGCUGACAGACACACACAGACACCCAACACCUAAGACAUUCUUUCCUGCCAAAGUUGCUGAUGCAAACGCAUCACCCUGAAGGAUAGACAUGAAUCCUGGAAAAGUGAUACACCCGGUGGGAUGCAAAACGAACUUGAUCCAAUUCUCCACCAACUGACGAUGAAUCGGAAGUUGGGAAGAGACAUUUAGAUGUAUUUGGAUAAUUGAUGUCAGUAGUGGCACAGCUAUCUUGUUUCACUUUUCAUGGAACUAUGUUAUUGCAGUAAAUUACUGCCCUGUAAACAAUAUCUUGCUGUACUUAUAUGCCCUAUUGAAUUAUGUCAACACCAGUAUUAUAAAGACAUGGUGCUGCAUGUUUUGUAAAUAUAUUGUAAAUAUUAUAUAUUGUUUUAUAAGAAAAUAUAUAGACAAAUAUGAAUAUUUGUUUAUUAAAUAU